AAAUCAUGUGAGCACAGCAAGAAAACAAUAGCAAAUUCCCAAUAACAAUUUUUCCAAUAACAAAUUUCCAAAUUGCACAACCGUUUAACUUAAAAACCCGGAAGCAUGUCGAACCUGUCGAACGUGGCACCUCAAAAAGCCAAAGGCAGCACAACCGAAACGAUGACCGUGGAGGAGCCGUCGGCUACGAUGGCAGCCAGAUCGCUGCCAGCUGGCGAUGAGGCGAACAAGGACGAGAAUGCGCCCAGCACUAGUCAGGGACAGCAGCGCGGUGCCUGCAGCAGCACCACCCACACAACCCACACCACCAGCACCACCACCACCACCAUCACCAACAACAACAACAGAAUGGGCUCGGCAACGCCAAUGACACAGCUGAACGGGCCGGUAAUGCGGAUUAAGCGGGAACUGAACGAAAUCAUUGAAAAUCCGCCGCCGAACUGCAACGCCGAGAUGUACAAGGAGGAUCUGUUCCAUUGGAAAGCGAUCAUAAUGGGGCCCAGCGGCACCCCCUAUGAGGGCGGUAUUUUUAAGCUAGACAUACGCUUUCCGGGUGCGUAUCCAUUCCGACCGCCACAAAUCCGUUUCAUAACGCGCAUCUAUCACUGCAACGUUGACAGUCGUGGCGUCAUUUGCCUCGAUGUGCUAAACGAACGCUGGUCGCCAGUCAUGAACAUUGCCAAGGUGCUGCUAUCCAUUUGGGUGCUAAUCGGCGAAUGCAAUCCGAACGAUCCACUCGUCAUGGGCAUUGCCGACCAAUACAAAUGCAAUCGCAAGGAGCAUGACAAAGUUGCGCGCUACUGGACGAAACGCUUUGCAAUGCCAAAGGCCAAACCGAACUCCAAGCUCGAGCAGGAGCUACUGCUGCCCUACAUACAGGAGCAAGAGCCGGCGCCGGACCAGGAGCAAGAGCCACAGCAAGAGCAGCAGCAACAGCAACAGAGCCAGGCGCCAGAGCAGGAACAGGAGCCAGCGCUCAGUACUGAGACGAGCAGCUCAAUUGCCGUCAGCGUAAACCACAGUCGUAGCGAACUUUAGAUAGAUUCCCAUAAUAAACAGUCUCCACACACACACACACGCACCAAAACACAUAUACAAGCGCCUCUUGGAGAGCUUCCUUGGUCGGAAUGGGGGCUGGCUUGUCUUUGCCCACGCUAAGUGUAGGGCGUGAACAAUUUGUGUAAACGCGGCGAGCGGACAAAAAAUAUGGCUUGCAUAAUAUGCCAGGGCAGUGGCUGGUGGAUGGUAAUGGCCCCUCCACAGCAACCACAGAGCGCACCACCCCGUCCAGUCAGCUGCUGACGCCGCCAGAUAGCUAGCCAAGCCUUUCCGCGUUCAUGUCCAUGAAUAUUCAUGAGCUGCCAAAAAUGAAGCGUGCACAAGGCGAUGCUGGCAAAGGGUCGUCGGGAUACGUAGGUGGAUGGGGCAGAGCAGUGCGGGUAGCUUGAAAAAUGAAUUGGAACGCGAAUAGGUUGAAUGAGCGGUAGCUGGGAGGGGGAGCGGCAGUGGGCUUUGGGCAGCGGCUGAAGGUGUUGAAAGCAAGCUGCGAUAUACACAAGACUACACACACACACACACACACACACACACACACACACACACAUUCAUUCGCCUUGAACUGCAGAGUUGGCAACUCCUGGAGCAGAGCGAAGACGGUUUUUGGUAUGGGUUUUACUUAAUUAGGGCAAAGAUAUUUACACUUUUAAUACAAUAGGUAUACUGCCAUAUUUAAUAUC